AUGAUUCAGAACAGCAAACCCAGAGCUGUAGUUCCAGUACAGCCUCAGUCAGACCAGCUUGCAAGACCUGCCAUGGGUAAGGAAGAACCGAACGUCCCGCUUAAAGAAUUUUUCAAAGGUCUUCUCGAACGUUCCAACGUAAAUGGAGUGUCUCACAUUGCAAGCACCUCGAGUGUUCUCAGACAAUGUGUCUGGGUUCUGGUGCUGGUGCUGGGGCUUUUCGGUUGCAUCUAUGAGAGUUAUCAGUUUCUAAAAGUGUACUACACUUACCCGGUAGUGGUUACUCUGGACGUCGAAAAUAACUGGACACUACCUUUUCCUUCAUUAACCAUUUGUAAUCUAAAUAGAGUCCGGAGGAACAGUUUGAACACCUCCUCAUGCGAAGAACUAAAUAUAUCAUUCACAAUAUGUCAACGUCUCUUUGCCCCAGAGAAGCCAGUGUGGUCAGGACCAACAUCACUCUCGGGACGAAAUAAAUACGCCUCAUGUGAUGAAUUCCAAGCAAAAAAACUUAGCGCCCGACAGCUGGAAGUUCUUAACUUCUUAACUCACUUCGCAGCUAUGAACGCCACCCUGCGGGAACAGCUGGGACACUCUUUGGAUAAACUUGUGCGUGAGAGUACUUUUAACGGAGAACAAUGUAGCACGAGUAACUUCAGUCGCUUCCUCAGUUUCCAUUACGGAAAUUGCUACACUUUCAACUAUCAGAACAACUCUGAUGAGCUCCUGAUGACACAGUCUAUAGGACCCAACAGCGGUUUGAGCCUAGAACUGGAUCUCGAGGUUGACGAGUAUACCGUGUUGUCACCAAGUCUGGGUUUUCGCGUGGUUAUUCAUCCUCCACAAACUCCAGCAAACCCCGAAGAAGAUGGCUAUGACAUCAGCCCUGGCUUCGAGAGUUCUUUCGCUCUUAAACAGACCACUAUUACGAGGUUGCCCUCACCUUUCAAUGACAACUGCCACGAGUAUGGAAAGAAGUCAUACAAGAGCGACCUAACAGACAUCAAGUUUACGUCAGGUAGCCAAGAAUCAUGCAUUAAAAAGUGUCUUCAUCUGGAGAGUCUUCGUAGAUGUGAGUGUACAGAUCCUUUUCUGUCAGUUGACCCCCUUUCGGAAUCCUGUGAUUUGUCAAACCGCAGCCAAGUUUGUUGUCUGGAUGAUGUCUUAAACUACUUUAAAACUAACGACCUGCCUUGUGAUUGUCCUCUGCCAUGCCGUAAAACUUAUUAUGACGUGUCAACUUCGAGUGCAUGGUGGCCAUCACCGUUGGAACACAAUUAUCUCGUGCGUAAGGAAACCUACAGACAGCGAAGGUCAGUGCCUGCCUCACAACUCACUCCAUUUCCCUCACCAAGAGAUAGCGGCGGGAUGUCAACUUUCCAGAAGAUUAGGAUGUCGAAGGCUAAAGUAAAGGUCUACUUCCAAACCCUGGAACACGUGCUGUACAAGCAAGUGCCUGUUUUCCAGGACUCUGAGCUUUUCGGACAAUUGGGUGGUCAAAUGGGUCUCUGGCUUGGAAUUUCCCUCGUCGCCUUGUUUGAAUGCUUGGAGACCGUAGCACUUCUGGUUCAUUUUCUGUGUAUGCAAAAGCGUAAAAACGUUUGAAAUGUCUUAACUUUUCUUUUUUAAAGAGGAACAGUUUCGACUUAUGAACAUGCGUGUUUUGUCUGAACUACAAGUAAUCUUAAGACGUUGUUGACUAUUACUCUUAUUCACGCUUUACUGCAAGAUACAGUCACAUAUAGCUUGAAAUCGUAUUUCUGUCAGUCCCAAUGUUAUGAACAUAUUUGUUAGAUUAUUGGCCGUUAUCAGCAAAUCCUCAAUAUAUAAGACAUUCAGAGAAUGUAUUUUUGGUAAGAAUCCUUACUAUGAUACAACCUUACAAACUGAUUAUUUUAAUCGCAAAAGUAAUCAUUUAUACAAACAUAUAGAGCUAAUUUAAAUCAAUGUCUUAAUUUUUUUCUCUGAGAUUUUUUGGUAUGAUGAUAUAGUUGAGUAGACUUGGGAAGAUUUUUUUUUCCUACCACUAUGAAAUAUCCGAAUCAUGUUUUAAUAAUACAAAUAAGUAAAACGUAACUCCAAACACAAACUAAACCCUAAACUUAACAUAAACGUGGUGCUUUCACCCUCUCAACUCACUACUUCAGAGGCUUGAACGUUUAAUUUUUUAACCGUUUUAGUCAUAUCGCAUAUAUCAAACAACUUGAAACUGACAAGCAAAUAGCUGAGUAAGUUUGCCUUUAAUCACUCAGUGUUAAACGACGUGAACAGUGUUUCUUGUCUGAUCACUUUUUAGAGUAUGUAGACAUCGUUCUGGGCAGUUUUCAAAUUUUUAAAAUAUCAAUUAAUCCAUCUCUUUUUAAAAAAUGUAUUAGCUGCAAAAGUCAAACU